AUGCUCGCCGUCCAGCAGCCUCCCAGGAUGGGUUCUUCACAGCCCGAUUCGGAUCCCUUUUUGCCCUUUGGCUACUCGAUGGACCAGAACCAAGAUGGCCUCCUCGACGCCCCCGACCCUGCCGGCGCGCCGCUUCUUAGCGAGACCGACACCAAGUUCCUGAGCUCCUUCUUCGAGGACAUGUCGUCCGCCCAGUACAACAUGCCCUCGUUUGGCGAAGGCCUACACUUCAGCGACGCCUGGUUCGAUCUGCCCCCGCAGUUCAUGGGCACCGCGACGUCGUUUGGGCCUCAAGCAUCCGCCCUCCCCAACCCAGACGCCUUCCUCGGCGAACAUCUUGAUUUCAACGGAGGUGCAAGCUCUGCAGCCCAGCUCAUGCGACCCCCUUCGGCCCCCAUGACCCAGCAGCCACAGCCUCAGCACCGCCCAAUCUACCAGCAGCAGCAGCAGCACCAACCGCAGCUUCAGCAGCACCAACAGCAUCAGCCCCAGCCCCAUCGACAUCACUCUGACGAUGUCCUGAAUGCCGCCGCGACUCUUCUGCAGAACAACAGCGCCAGCCCCCGCUCCAACGGCAAAGGCAAGGAGCCGUCCCCCGGCGCCCGACGGCCCAUCGGCCCGCCCAUGGGUCAUCUUCGCCACCAGCCCAUGGACGAGUUCAAGGUCGAGAGUCAACGAGACCUAGAAAACGAGGCCGACAACAACACAUUUACCGACUGGAUGUUUGGAUCCAAAGACCGCCAGGGCUCCAGACAGGUGCAAGUCAACGAGCUGCACUGGGGUUCCGACGCCAACUUUGGCAACGUCCAAGGCUACGUUCCCGCCCCAAACAAGGACAACGUCGACGGGCACCACAAGGUUCAGAUGCAAGUUCUCGACUGCCUCGAGCCCAGCAAUAGCGUCCCCAACACUCGCAGCGGCAGCCCGACUGUGGAUCCGCAGCGCGUGGCGACGCAGCAGUCGAUGGCCUUGGGUGAAGACGCGGAUGCCCCUCCCCGCAAGCGACGCAAGAGCAAGCUGCAACGAGGCAUGGGCUUCGACGACGAUGACGAAGAAGAUUCCAAGGGCGCCUUCAGCAAGUCCAAGAGCCCUCAGGGCAGCAGCAACGGUCUGCCUUCACCCCCGGCCGAGUCUGGCGCGCGCCGCCGCAAAUCGGGCAUCAACAAGGGGCCUCGCGAAAACCUCAGCGAGUCGCAAAAGCGAGAAAAUCACAUUCGCAGCGAGCAGAAGCGCCGCACCCUCAUCAAGGAGGGCUUCGACGACCUGUGCGAGUUGGUACCCGGGCUCAAGGGCGGUGGCUUCAGCAAGAGCACCAUGCUCACCAUGGCGGCCGAGUGGCUGGAGCAGCUCCUCCAGGGCAAUCAGACUUUGUCGGCUCAACUGCAAGGCAUGGGACAAUAA